UGCUUAACCAACUGAGCCACUGAGGGGCCCCUACCUUGUUGGUUAAUUUGGUUGAGAGAAGGUAACACAAGUGGGGAUAGGAAAAAUAAGGGCCAACUAACUUGAAAGUAAAGAAUAAUCCAGCUAUGAGAAAAAGUCAAAUUAAGCUGCUAGUUGAGGUAAUGGCUGCCUCAUCCAUAACUGACAAUUCAUGAUUUAACCUCUAAAUUGCUGAAGGGUUCAUAAAUUAUGACAAUGUUUCACUGUAAAUCUCACCUCUGCUAUGAGGACUUACUGUAGAUAAGUGGUAUGGAGAAUGGGGCAGAGAGUGCUUUUUUUGCUCCCAGUAUAUAUAAUUUCUUUAAUAGAGAUUUACAACAGGUUUUCAUGGAGAAUUUUUUCUUAUGCAAUACAGGAACAGGAUCUAUUUGAUAUCUAUCCUUAGAAAUAUUGGCAGUUUUUAAACAGUUCCUCAACUGUUGCUUUUCCGUUUUGUAUACUGCAAGUUCCCAAGCAACUCACAUUUGCAAACAUAGCUAUGGAUACGCUAUUUGCUUUACAGUAGUUACCUGGGAAUCUAGGUCUCUGCUUUUUGUUAUUUUCCCCUCCCUUCCAUUUCUUAAUCAUAUAUAACUAGCAACAUUUACGGUUGGAAGUUGAUAUACAAGUUCCUAAGUCUGUGGCUGAUGGUUUGUAGCCUCUAGCUUGAAGCAAGAGAAGAAUGAGUAGUCAGGACCUAGUCACUUUGAAUGUGGGAGGGAAGAUAUUCACAACAAGAUCUUCUACCAUAAAGCAGUUUCCUGCCUCUCGGUUGACACGAAUGAUAGAUGGAAGAGACCAAGAAUUCAAGAUGGUUGGUGGCCAGAUUUUUGUGGACCGAGAUGGUGUUUUAUUUAGUUUUAUCUUAGACUUUUUGAGAACUCACCAGCUUUUAUUACCCACUGACUUUUCAGACUAUCUCAGGCUUCAGAGAGAGGCUCUUUUCUAUGAACUAGAUCCUCUGAUUGAUCUCUUAAACCAAGAACGCUUGCUACAGCCAAGACCUGCUUUUUUGGAGGUGCAUUUCCUAAACCGACACACUCAAGCUUUUUUCAGGGUAUUUGGCUCUUGCAGCAAAACAAUUGAGAUGCUAACUGGGAGGAUUACAGUGUUUAUAGAGCAACCUUCAACACUGACCUGGAGUAGUAACUCUUUCCCUCCUCAGAUGAUCUUGCUUCCACUGCCUCCACAAAGACCUUCUUACCACGACCUGGUUUUCCAGUGUGGCUCUGACAACACUACUGAAAACCAAACUGGAGUCAGGUAUGUUUCCAUAAAACCUGAUAACCGAAAAUUGGCCAAUGGAACUAACGUCCUCGGCAUACUAAUUGACACUUUAUUAAUGGAAGGCUUCCAUCUAGUCAAUGCUAGAACAUUAUCUUCUGAAGACAAAACUGAAUGCUAUAGCUUUGAAAGAAUAAAAAGGCCCGAAGCUUUCACCAUGAACAAAACACUGAAACCAGAAACUACCAUCGUAUCAGAGCAAUCUCCGGAAAAAAAGUGA